UGUUGCCAAGCAAACAGCCGCACUUCACUCACUGCUUCGCCACUGACCGACCGUCCACCACCAUGCCAACUCCAGCGAGCCUUGUCCACUCUAGCUCUAGCACCGCCGCCGCUGCCUCCUCAUCUUCGUCGUCGGCGCCGGCGGCCAUGAUCUCCAUCGACCCCAACAUGGUGGUCAUCCUGGCCGCCCUCCUCUGCGCGCUCGUCUGCCUCGCCGGCCUCGCCCUCGUCGCGCGCUGCACCUGCCGCCACGCCCGCCGCUCUUCACCGUUCGCCGGCAAUAGCAUCACCAUGACCUUGCCUCUUCCUCCCCGAGGCCUGAAGAAGAAGGCCAUCGACGCGCUCCCCGUCACGGCAGUGAAGGAAGGGCACCAGCUGGAGGAGCAGUGCGCCAUCUGCCUGGCGGACCUGGUCGCCGGGGAGGAGCUCCGGGUGCUGCCGCGGUGCGGCCACUCCUUCCACGUCGCCUGCGUCGACGCCUGGCUCCGAACGUGCGCCACCUGCCCCUCCUGCCGCGCCACCAUCCUCGAUUCGUCAGUGUCCUCCUCGUCCUGCUCGCCGCCGGCGCCACCGCUCGCAGCCCCGGGCCGGUGCCGGAGCUGUGGAGCGGCCUGUGACGGCGACAGCGUGGCCACUUCUGCUUCUGCUGACACGGACGGGAGCAGCUUCUUGCCGUAGCUGUCACUGGACAACAUCGAUCCUAGCUACAGUAGUUGCAAACUUGCAAUGGUUGUUAGUGCAAUUCAGUUAGCUAUGAAUUGCAUUUGCCUAUAGUGAAAGAAAGAAAAUUAGUGUGCUUCAGUGGUAAGAGUUAUCAUGAUACUUGAAUUGUA